CCAACAGGCAAAGCAAGAAGACCAUCUGAGAGAGAGAGAGAGAGAGAGAGAGAGAGAGAGAGAGAGAGAGAGAGAGAGAGUAAAGCAAGCAUGACAGUGGCAGCAGGGCUAGGCUACGCGCUGUUAGCCCUAGGACCUUCUCUUUCACUCUUCGUUUUUGUCAUCGCUAAAAAACCAUUCUUAGUUCUCACUGUCUUAUCAAGUACAUUGUUAUGGCUAGUAAGUUUGAUCAUACUUUCUGCAAUGUGGAGAGCUUUUCUUCCUCUGAAGACAACAGCGUGGUGGCCGUUUGCGAUCCUCUUAGUCACGUCUGUUGGGUUUCAAGAAAUUCUCAGGGUUUUCUUCUGGAUGGGUUACAAGAAGUUGGAAGAUAUCCUGGAUGCUUUUGCUGACAGAGUUUCUAAACCACGCCUUUAUCUGACUGAUAAGAUGCAAAUCGCCCUUGCUGGUGGUUUGGGUCAUGGUGUGGCCCAUGCUGUCUUUUUCUGUCUAAGCCUGUUGACACCUGCGUUUGGUAAGGCAACAUUUUACGUUGAGAGGUGCUCAUCGAUGCCAUUUUUUCUCGUCUCUGCUAUCAUUUGUCUAGCAUUUGUUACCAUCCACACGUUCUCCAUGGUUAUAGCUUUCAAUGGGUACGCAGAAGGGAACAAAUCAGACCAAAUAUUCGUCCCAGCAGUUCAUCUAAUUGCAGCAUCAAUGACGCUGAUUAAUUUUGCAUCUGGAGGUUGCAUGGUUGGAAUCCCUUUAAUCUACUUCAUGGCAAUCUUGACCCUUCUACACUGCGGACGGCUGGUAUGGAGAAGACUCACUGAAACUAGAAGCAGGCCCGUUGUUUCAUGACACCUUAGUAAAUGUUUCAACUGUACUACUACUGGCCCAUUGUGCAGUUAUUCCAUUUCUCAGACGACGAAGUUGUGUCACAUGAUAAAUUUCGGUUCAGUCCUAUAUGUAACAGCUUACCUAACUGAUAUACAGAUUUUACCUUACUUCAAUUGACCUUACGAUUUUCUAACAAAA